GGCACACUGAGUUGAGGAACAUUUGGGUUUGUCUCCCUCUUCCUCGCGCUGGCGGCGGCGGAGCUGGUGAUUCUUGUGCAUCAGAGCAACGAGGCGUCUUUUUUAUCGGGAAAUAAAACAUUUGGAGCGACGUGAUUUUGGGAGAGAAGACGCGACACGCAGCAAGACAACACGCAAGGACAUGCAGAAGAGAGGUCAGUGAGGAGGAUGACAACAGAGGAAUAAAGGACAGCGAAGGAGGGAUGAGAAAGAGACUGAAGUAAGAGGAGGAAGUGGAACUCUGAAGGGCCGAGGGGGUUGUCUGCUGCCGACUGACUUUGCUGGAUGAGAGCAGGACGGGGCUCAGUGUGUGUUUGGCCUUGAAACCGAGGCUAUAUUUCACCCUGACAGCCACAGUCAUCCAUCCCAUGUUGCCGAGCUGCAGUCCCAACAGAUCCUGAGCGGAGCCGCCACCUCGUCUCAUCAGUGCAAGGAAACCUUCCCUAUACCAGGUUCUGCUUUUUUCCCGGUUCUACAGUAAUCUUCCGAAAGAUAACUAGCACCACAGAGACUACCACAGCCUCGGCCAUGUUGACGUGAAUGUAACAGGGACUUACGGUGGGAGUCCUUUGAGUCAGAUGCUCAGCAACAUAUCUAAGCAUUCCAGAGUGAUGUCCUCAGAGUAGUUUCUGUUUUUCCCUUUUUUUUUGAGACAGAGCUGGCCUCUGCUCACGGUCAAGGCCCACUAUCUCGCCCCAGUGAAACCUCAGCUGCCACAUUUCCCAGGAAGAACUAAUAAACAUCCCCCAGAAAUACAUUGAACGCAAGGACUCGCUGCCUAUUUGUGCUGAGGGAAAAACGGAGAAUAUUUUUUGCUUCUCUUUCCUCUCUGUUUUGCUGGGGAUUCUUUUUUCGUGCAUGAACAUUAGUCACCCUUGCGCUCGUCAGACAUUUUUCCGUCCAUCUGUUUAGUGCUUGCGAGCGUCUCUCCGAUGGCUGUCAGCAUGAGCAUGGGACGGGACACCAAAUGGCUGACCCUGGAAGUGUGUCGUGAGUUCCAGAGAGGCACCUGCUCAAGGUCUGAUGCCGAGUGCAAGUUCGCCCACCCCUCCCGAAGCUGCCAUGUGGAGAACGGCCGAGUCAUCGCCUGCUUCGACUCGCUGAAGGGACGCUGCACACGUGAGAACUGUAAAUACCUGCACCCACCUCCACACCUGAAAACCCAGCUGGAGAUUAACGGGAGGAACAACCUGAUCCAGCAGAAGGCGGCGGCUGCCAUGUUGGCUCAACAGAUGCAGUUUAUGCUGCCUGGAACCCAGCUGCAGCCCAUAACCACAUUCUCGAUGUCGCCCUCCAUGGCAACGAGUCCCAGUAUGGCGUUCAGUCCCUAUCUGAGCCACAUGGGCCCAGGCAUGGGCUUGAUGCCUGAAAUGCUGCCCAGUGCUCCCCUCCUUGUCCCUGGGAGUCCCAGCGGCCUGGCAGCCAUGGGCAACGGCACCUCUGCACAAAAACAUCUGCGCACAGAUAAGCUGGAGGUUUGCCGGGAAUUUCAGCGCGGUAACUGCACGCGGGGCGAGGGCGACUGCCGCUAUGCUCACCCCCUGGAGGCCGGCAUGGUGGACUGCAGCGAGAACUCGGUCAUAGUCUGCAUGGACUACAUCAAGGGCCGCUGCAGCCGAGACAAGUGCAAGUACUUCCACCCGCCUGCUCACCUGCAGGCCAGGAUCAAGGCUGCACAGCACCAGGCCAGUCAGAACACAAUCACCAACACAGGCUUGGCUCUGCCGCCGGGGGUCAUGCAUCAGCUACCAAAGAGGCAGAUUUUAGAGAAGAGCAACGGAACUGCUUCCGCUAUCUUCAACCCCAGCAUGUUCCACUACCAGCAGGCCCUGGCGAACAUGCAGCUGCAGCAACAAGCCUUUAUCCCCGCUGGACUUAUGAAAACCCCGGCCCCGCUGGGAGCGGAUAGCCGCUGGGAAAGGAGGGAGUGGAGCAACUGCAGGCAAAUCCCCAACCGCUUCCUGUCAGUACCUGGACUGAGUGUUCCCAUGAUGCACGGUGCCACCACCUCCAAUGUUUCGUCGGCGUCGACCCCAGUCACCAAUGUUCCUUUCGCUGAAUCUGCCGCCUCAAAUCAGUAGAAAACUCAGAGCUUCUGACCUCUGAUCCAGUGGAGCUCCAAUGCGUUCCCAUGGAAACCCAUUUCUGUCCCGUCCCCAAACUGCUGAUGGCAGCUCCAGUGGCACUAAACUCAGUAAGCCUUUCCCGAAACACCAAUUAAAGCCCCUGAAACAUGUGCAGUACCGGGGCGGCCAUCUUUCUGAAUGCAGCUGAACACGUGCCUCCCCCACACUGCACACGACUGAGUGACAAUGUGACACCUCUUAUGUUCUGACAGUAGGAAAGCUGCGAUGGUUCACGCAACACAAGCCCGGACAUACUACUGUUGCUUUAAAGCAGCCAUCCUGAUGCAUACUGACCCGACCAGGCAGAGCAAUAGAGCUGCCUCGUUGUUACAGCCAUACAUGCCCACACCUUAAACGUGCAGCAGACAUGUGCACACAAACACACACACACACACACACACACACACACACACACAUACACUUGUACGACUAAAAAGCCCUUUAUGGGUUGAAGCCAUGAUAUGUGGCGACCCAACACAUUUGACUGUUCCAAAGUGUGAAACUCUGAAAAGUUGAUUCUGGUUCAAGUAUCUCGUGUGAAACGGCCGCUGGUCUGCAACCAGUACAGAUUGUCAUAAAGAAGGAGUGUUUCAUGUCAUGUCAUGUUUACGUUUCAAGAUGGCCACAAAUGUGACACUGGUGUCAGUCGUUGUUCAUUUGUUUGUGCCUUUUGGUUUUUAGCAGCUCAGCUGCAGAGGAGACGUAGUUUCCCACAGGAUACACUGAAAUACACAAAUACACUGAAAGAUGUUAUUAUGGCUAAUCAAAGGCAAAAUAUGUCAUAAAAAAAAAUCUGUAUCAAACUAUAGUCCCUUUUAAUUCCUCCAGUAAUUACAUUGAUCACCACUUUGAAUUGUUUUAUAAAUAUUAAUAUGAUUUGAAUCUGCGUUUCAUAGUCAGUAUCUGGUGCUUACUGGAUAUUGGAAGCAAAUUAAAAAAAAAUUAUUACUUACUUUUAUUUAAAAUUCCUUAAAAAAACUAUAAAUUACAUAACAUUUCUGGAAAGACACAAACUGCCUUAAAGCAGCUGAGGUGAUGUUCGCUAUGUGGAAGCCUGUCUCCGUAUAACUGAAAGUUUCACAUCAGACAUCUCAACUCACUACUACUCUUGAAUUUGAGUGAAUUCUCUGGAAUAGGUCCGUGGUUGUGUCCUGUCAGUAAUUGCUCAUGAUUGAAAUAUGGUUUGUUUGUCCUUUUUUCACCGUGAUUUUUCACCCGAACAUGGUGUAAAAAAAAGAGAGAAUCUACAAACGCAGUCAAUUUCACCUUCUGUUUAAGCUACGAGCCUUGGACUUAAAUCCGGAUUCCCUGAAACAGAAACAAAGUUAUAUUUAUGAGGGUCAGAUCUGAGACGUUUUAAUUGGUACUUCGUAAACUUUUAAACCUGAUGUCAGAGGAGGAAGCUGGAUCUGUUUCCUGAUGUUGUGCCUAGUCUGUGUGCCAAGUGGUGGUAUAUGCAAGGUGAUGCCCCCGUUAAAUGCAAUACCUGAAUAACUCCUCCUACUAAACGUCUCCCCUCGCCAGUGCGGAUCUGUCUUUUAAACAGGCAGUUUGUCUAAGUGUCUCCUCUCAUGGAUCGAAUGAGUGGCACAAGAUUUUUAUGUUUCACGGCUCUUCAGGGAGAAAGCUUAGAACUUGAAAAUAUCCUGUCUGACUUUAAAUUGUGUCGUCUUUUCUACUGAUGUGUCCUGUUCGUCUUAAGUCGCCAGACUCUAAAUAUUACAGCGACAGUUAGUAACCAGGACUGAGUUGUGGCGGAGUUAGAAGAUGGAGGAAUGAGAAGGAAAUCACCCCUUUGAAAAAAGAAAUUUACGAACUAGUUGGAUUUCUGGUUUUCAAACGUCUGUGAUGAAUUGCUCUGAUGGCAUGUGAAAUUGAACAUAACGGCUUCGGGAACUGGGCUGAAAUAUCUUUUAUCCAAAUUCAAACGUGCCUCUUUAAAGUCUCCUCAAACCACUGCUGUCAAUACACUGUAGGAACAGACCAGUGCUCAAAGAUAGAUGUGUUAUUUGGUACAUUAUUAUUACGGUGAAUCAUAUCUGUACUAGUUUCUUCUCUGAGACAGCUGUGCUGUCCUAUUGUUAAUGUAAAGUAAAUAAAUCAGUGUAUUGUGUGCAUUGUAAAGUGUGUUGAGACAAUGAAUCGCCGAAAUGGUUUGUUGUAAAUGCUGCAGAUAAUACCACAUUUCCCACUGAACAUCAUUAAUUUAAAAUAUUGUCAUUGUGUCGUGAAUGUAUCUAAAGCAAAAACUAUUCAUGCUCCUUUAAAAGACAGGCAUGUUGAAAUGUAAUGAUUCACUAUAUAUAGGCUAUUUCUUAGGUCACAAAGGUACCAUGCUGAUAGUGUGUAAAGACAUAAAAAGUAUGUGUAUUGUUCUAUAGAUUUAUAUUUAAUGUCAGUGGGUGAUGUGACUACUUUUAGAAAUAUCUUUCACUCUCAGUAAAGGUAGAGCUGAAUUGUUGUUUUUGAAGUACAAAUGUAAACCAUACAGGUACAUUACAGUCAGUUCUUGUACCCCAAACGUGGAAAAUACCCAAAGUGCCCAAAAUGCACCAAUUAACAAUGAUGUAACCGUUGGGCAAAUUUGAGACAAUUAGCAUGUUACUCUUUUUUUCCUGCAGUAUUUUUACCUUUUCUCGUGGUUUGGAUUGAACAGUUCUCCUUGGUGCUGCGGCCCUUGUUUAGGGAAUAAGGAAGUGUAGACAGACCAGCCAGUGGGAGAUGCUCGUGCAGCAACAGGGACGUAAUCAUUCACUGGCUUCACAUCCGUGUCAAUUAUGUUCAAUGAGGCAAGUUGGAACCCUUGAUAAUAACAAUAUCCCCUCUGUCUAUCUAUGAGGAAAUCAAUACUGCUCUCCUGUUUAUGAGUUUUAUUUGAUUAGCUUGGCACAAACCUGGAGGCAGGGGGAAACAACUAGAAUGAGAUCAUUGCGUCUUUCGUUCAUUUCGUAGAGUUGUGUUCUUUAACUAUUUCUUGACCAACAAGAGCAAGAGCAAAAUCUGGAAUCUCUGGAAAACAUCAGUACGAAGAAUUGUGACCACGUGGACAUUUUUAUCAGUUACAAAAUCAAAUACUAAAUAUAUAAAAGUAUUUUUAAAUGGCUUCAAACCCAGUCUGGCAUUUUUGUUUCACACUUUCUUGUUAUUUAUUGACCAACAUUCUACAUCGUUGAAGAUCAAUGUAAAGUAUAAAACAUCUCUGCAAUGAACUAAAGCAUUGUUUUCCCUUGUUUCCAGUCUUUAUGGUUCUAACUUCAAAAUACCAAACAGACAUGAGAGUGAUAUUAAUCUACUCAUCUAAUUCUACAAAAAGAAGGUGAAUAUGUGUAGUAUUUGUUUAAACAUUUACAUUUCAUUCACAUGUGGAUCACAUUCCACUGGACAACAGGUGUCACAGGAAUAGGGAUACUUAAAUGAUAUCAUAUGCUUAUUAACUGGGAUAUAUAUUCUCAAUACGACUAUUUGAUGGAUAAAAAUAAAAAUUUCAUUUGUAGAAUUUUUAUAUAAUAAUUAAUUGACUUUCCAAGAAAAUUCAUGAAUGCAUAUUUUUACUGCACAACUGAUGUUUUAACUCUUUUUCUGUGACUCGUGUUGUCCUCCAUAUAAAAGCAGUACCUAGCCUGUUAUAUGUCUGGUAACAUACAUCUGUAAAAUACUUUUUGUCACAGACAUAUACUGUACUUCUCCUUUAACUCUGUAUUCAAGGGUUUAGCAGCUAAUUUUAGUGAAAAACUUUCUCCCCUGCUCAUGAAAUUGAGGAUUAGAAUGUCCCAGAAAAUGUUCUCAAUCUUGCGGUUUAGAGAGUUUAGAUUUGUCCAGCCGAGGAAGCCCCUCCUUCUAGCCUUUAUCUCAUCCCCCCUUUCACAUAAUUUUGCCUUGACUGAAAAAACAAACAAAUACUUGAUGAAUAAGUUGUGGCCCUUGAGGGCUUCGAACUUUGAAGUACAUUAAGACGUAUGUAUUGAUGCACAAGAGUGUGUUAGUUAGUGGAUCUGCAGUGUGGCAUGAGAAACAUUUUACUUCUUUCCUUUCUCUAAUUCUCAUGUACAUGAUUUUCUCAAAUGCAAAAGGAUCUGAUCACUGGGUGCAGUGACCUGAUCCUUUAGCGUGUGUAAUUCAGCCUACUUUUGUUUCCUAGGGCACAGACAAAGGGCCUUAUUUCUUGAUCACUGUAUAAAGAUAUGAUAGCUGUGUAUCAAAAUGACUUGUAUUAAUGGUAAGUUAAGCUUUUUUUUUUAAAUCUAACUUAAAACAAAUACACAGCAUGAAAUAAAAGAAAACUCAUUUAUACAUAGUUAAUAAUUUGUGUAGACCAACACGAAAAAAGAGACAAUAUAAAAAUCAUUUGUAUACAAUGAUGGAGUCAUUGUAAACGGUAAUAGUUUUGGUUGCUGUGGCAUCAAAAUGACAACAUGGCUACCUUUCUAUUAUCCUAAUUGUGAAUUUUUUCACAUUAAUUGAAAUAACGUACAUCACUAACUUAUUCAAGAAGGGAAUGUCUAAUUAGUUUGUCUUGUUAUUGCGACGUGAUGAAACAUUUUAUAUGGAAAUCUUCGUAAUAUCCAAAGGUCCUUAGGGGAGAUCAGGUGUUUAUUUUGUUGUAUUCAUUUGACCUUAAUUGUUUUCUCUUUUUUGUUGUUCUUGAACAUGUUAUUUUUGAGAAAUAAGAAUGGACUUAAACACCUUUCUGUCAGAGAGGUGAAGAGGCUUUUGGACUAAGUGAAAGAUUUUCAUCUUUUUCUGUCAAAUCCAACUAAUCGGUUCACUUCCUGCCUGCAGCGUGGACAACUCUCCUCUCUUUGUGGAGGUUUGAGGUUUUAUCAGUGAAUUCUGUUUCAGUUUCGGCCCAGAACCUGGUCCAGAAGUCUCUUCCUGCCCAGCUGUGCUGGGUGAUGACGAUCCUUACUGAGGUGUACCUGAAUGUGUGAUGUUCACCUUGUUUGCACUUAUGUACAUAACUAUGUCAAAAUACUCAAAAUUUAUUUUGAAUAAAUAUAGAGAAAAGAGUUGAUUAAAAAAAAUCUAAUCAGUGUAUUGUUAAUGAUAUGUCUAUCAUUUUAUUACAGUAUAAAAAUAUCACUUUGAGGGAUCUGCCCUUUGUUUGUUUGUUUGCUGGAGCCCUGUUCUAAUCCAAGCAUGACGUUGCCUCGCUCUAAACCAUGAAUGGGCUGCGGUUUUAAAAAAGCUUUUUCAGUUCGUUUCUGGUUCCAACCUGACAUCCAACAAUAGAGAUGGAUUAGAAGAAACAGUCCCUCUGGAAUAAUUACAACAAACUAACACUAACACCUGGUUGUUAUAUGCUCAUCGUGAUUACACAAACGCAGGCGCUUUCCUCUAAAGCAGCAAAAUAAAGCACAGGGUAGCUCCACCUGAAAACAGCUGGGAAACAAGAGGAGCAGAUAUGAGUCAGACUCUAGGGAGAGAAGAACAUGAGAUGUGUUUUAAAUCCACUUACAUUUCUGUCAUUUUGUGAAAUGGGUUAUUGUUUUCCCCCUUGUUGUCAUUAUCCAAAACAACAAUAAAUCUGAGUUCUCCUGCGGAUUUACGUCACAAUCGCAAACAACCUGUUUUUGCGAUGUUAUUCUUGGAGCAGCAGCGUCCUUGCGUAACUCUGUUCCUGCAGAUUUAGACAUUCACUGCUCUCCAAUUGCUCUCAAAGCCAGCGAUUUUGUUGCCAUGGCACUUGUCCUAGCGGUGGACAGACUGAGUCAUCCUGGUGAAUCGGUUCACAGCCCCUCGGACUGUUGUUGAAUAUUGACUUUUAAGUGUCUGCUCACAGAGACGGCUCUCUGUAUGACGUGUACCCAAACCUCACCAAAGGUUCUCUGCUGUGACUAACCAGCAGCCAUCAUCACUGCAGUGCCAACGCACAGUAUGGGGGAGAAGUACAUACUGUGGGUUUCCAGUCACCAAUAAGGGAAUACGAUUGUGAUUUAAUUUGCGAAAUGUAUUUAUUGUUAUUUCAAAGGUUCAGUUGUAAUUGUGCCUUUAUUGUGCAAACUGCAGUUUUCCUUUUACAUUUGAAUUGACUUGAAAUAUCACAAGUGUUGACUGUGUUUAGAACUCAUUUGUAAUCUGUUGGUGAGUCGCAUCACAUUGGGUACAGUCGCAGACGGAAAGGCAACCCCCGGACGGUGAAGAGAGCCAAAGACUGUUCAGGACUAAGCCAUAUGAAAAACUCUCUCUGACACUCUAGGACAGACUUGAAGGUGAUGGCCGUUUCUCUCGCUUCUCUCUUCUUUUUUCUUUUUGUUGCUUGUGUUGCUUGUAUGUGCUGCUGUGCUACAUGCCAAUUUAAUUUGCAGUGUAUCGCUAUUAAGAGUAAGUUACUGUGCCUAUGAUGAGUUCUGCGAUUUCUGUUUGACCUUUAAUAAAAACAUAAUUGUGAUCCUC